CUGGAAGCGCUAGCCCCGCCGGUGAGGUGUGCUGGCGGCUGGCGGAGUGAGGCAUUGGCAGACAUGGCUCCCAGCGCGCUGGCUCCCGAGCCAGAGAGUCGGAAGGGCAUCCGGGCUGUGUUGCUGGGGCCUCCCGGGGCUGGCAAGGGGACCCAGGCACCCAGAUUGGCAGAAAACUUCUGUGUCUGCCAUUUGGCCACUGGGGACAUGCUGAGAGCCAUGGUGGCUUCAGGUUCAGAGCUGGGCAAGAAGCUGAAGGCGACGAUGGAUGCUGGAAAACUGGUGAGUGAUGAAAUGGUUGUGGAACUCAUUGAGAAGAAUUUGGAGAGUCCUUCAUGCAAAAAUGGCUUUCUCCUAGAUGGCUUCCCUCGGACUGUGAGGCAGGCUGAAAUGCUUGAUGACCUCAUGGAGAAGAGGAAGGAGAAGCUUGAUUCAGUGAUUGAGUUCAGCAUUCCAGACUCCCUGCUGAUCCGGAGGAUCACCGGAAGACUGAUUCACCCCAAGAGUGGCCGGUCCUACCAUGAGGAGUUCAACCCUCCAAAGGAGCCAAUGAAAGAUGAUAUUACUGGAGAGCCCCUGAUCCGCAGGUCAGAUGACAAUGAGAAGGCCUUGAAGAUCCGCCUGGAGGCCUACCACACGCAGACCACCCCGCUCGUGGAGUACUACAGGAAGCGGGGCAUUCACAGUGCCAUCGACGCAUGCCAGACCCCGGACGUCGUGUUUGCCAGCAUCCUAGCAGCCUUCUCCAAAGCCACAUCCUAGUAAAAGAAGGCAAGGCGAGACUGCACCCUGCUCAUCUCCCCGCCGUGUGAUCCCUGCUCUUAGGUGCUGGGCAGAAGGGAAAGGGGUGGUCACGGGAAAGAAGGAUGAUGACGGAGGUGGUGAGGGGCUCAAGACGAGCAUUUGGAACAGCGGCAGUGUUGUAAUUAGAAGGAAUUUUUUAAAAAUGCAUAGGUGGGAAUUUGUAACGGAUAAGGAAGGGAAAAGAUUAAUUUUUUAAAAAACCCGUGAUUGGAGGUGAUUGGUAUAAAUGAGCUAAGGUAUUUUUUAAGCAAUCAAGUUUUCAUUUACUCUGGAACACAAAGCUAAUCAUGCUCUAAGAGACCUCAGCUUCCAUGUAAGGAGCUCAUGGAUCACGAGGCCGAGAAUGUAGCCGUCAGACUGGACCUGUGUAUCCUGUAUGCAGCAAGAGCCGCGGGCUGCUGCCGGUGACUCCCCAUUCCAUAAAGUUAAAGACUCGCCUGCACAUAUGGAGGAGGUGGGGGUGUGAUCUCAUGCGGGAUGGUUCAGCAAAUCAUUUUUACUGGAAUUGUAGGGAGCAAGAGGAGACAGAUCACAUACUUCUUCCCACUUGGAGUCGCCUGCUCUAGCGGCAAAGCCUUCAGCAGCCACCCGGCACACACUAGUCCUACAACUUUGCCUUUGUUCAUCCCCAGGACCCUUUUCAAUAAGUGAACAAGGGCUAGGAAUGUAGUUCAGCGGCAUGUGUGUGCCUGGCAUUACAAGGCCUUGGGUUCAGUACUCAGCAGUGAAAGGGGAAACAAAAUGUCUUAAGCUAAAUCUUCCAAAGAUUGUCCUUCUCAUCCUCCAGUCCUGUGCCUGGGAUCUCUGACAACACUGUGAUGUAUCUUUCAAUGAGGUGCCUUCGUAACUGACCAAAUGCUGCCGUGUUUGGCCCCUGAGUCAAUAAAGUAUGUUGAAAAUUUGCA